GUGGGCUGGUCGAGACAAUAUGGGUUCCCAUAUUUCCGGUCAAUAUUUAAUAAUACAUGACCGGCGAACCACUGAUGCGCCAUGCGUGAGCUUCCCCGUUCUUCUCCGUGCACUCACCGCGCCCGUUCGGCUUAUAGGCCCGAUGGGGAAGGGUAAACCUUGAAGCGCGUGUGAAAGUGGGGGGAAAAGAAGAAGAAGAAGGAAGAAGGAGAAGUAGAAGAAGUGUUGCAAGUGUGUUAAGACGUCUGCGAUACUUUGUUUUGAUGUGAUUUCUGCUUUCUGGAGGAUAAAGGUGUGACCGUGACGAGCGAGGGGAGGGUCGAACCGAGUGGUGACUUUUGAAGGGCGGAUGAGGAAGUUAUCGUAGACCGGCUGGGGGGAAAAGAAAAAAAAAAAAAACACAGAAGAAGAGGAUCUUCAGUGUUGCCGAGCAGUAGGACCAACCACUAGCCGCUCUUCAAGGAUGCCUGGAAAGAAAGUCUGCAUCGUGGGCUCGGGAAACUGGGGCUCCUCCAUUGCCAAAAUCGUGGGGCGCAAUGUCAAGGCAUCCAACCGCUUCGACCCGGUGGUGAACAUGUGGGUGUAUGAGGAAGUGAUUGAUGGGAAGAAGCUGACGGAGAUCAUUAAUACAGAGCACGAAAAUGUCAAAUACCUCCCAGGUCACAAGCUGCCCAGGAAUGUGGUUGCCGUUCCAGACAUCACAGAGGCCGUCAAAGGAGCAAAGGUCCUCGUCUUCGUGAUCCCACACCAGUUCAUCGGCAAACUCUGUGAUCAGAUGAAGCCUCACAUCACAGAGGGAACCAUCGGGAUAUCGCUCAUCAAGGGUAUAGAUGAAGGACCAGAUGGACUGAAGCUCAUCUCGGACAUCAUCCGAGAAAAACUAGAGAUUGACGUCAGCGUCCUGAUGGGGGCCAACAUCGCUAGCGAGGUGGCGGACGAGCAGUUCUGUGAAACCACCAUUGGGGCAAAGAAUGAGGCAAACGGCCAUAUCUUCAAAGAGCUGCUCCAGACUCCCAACUUUCGCAUCGCCGUCGUAGAUGAGAGCGAUACGGUGGAGCUGUGUGGAGCAUUAAAGAAUAUUGUGGCAGUAGGUGCUGGAUUCUGCGACGGCCUCGGUUUUGGCGACAACACCAAAGCGGCGGUGAUCAGGCUGGGUCUAAUGGAAAUGGUCACCUUCGCCAAAAUGUUCUGCAAAGGCCAAGUAAGCUCCUCCACCUUCCUGGAAAGCUGCGGCGUGGCCGACCUCAUCACCACCUGCUACGGAGGACGAAACCGAAAAGUUGCCGAGGCCUUUGUCAAAACAUCCAAGUCCAUUGCCGAACUGGAGGCAGAGAUGCUCAACGGCCAGAAGCUUCAGGGGCCACAGACUUCAACUGAGGUCUACAAGAUCCUACAAAAGAACGAGAUGGUCAACAAGUUUCCUUUGUUUGCAGCAGUCUACCACAUCUGCUUCGAGGGCAAAGAGGUGAAAGAGUUCAUCACCUGUCUGCAGAAUCAUCCAGAGCACAUGUAAUGUGACCAGUCUGUGGAGACACAUUCCCCGCUGCUCCUUCAGUAGCAAUUUGUUAUCACUAGAGGGUGAAAGACACUCAGCCAAUACAACCGUUGGCACUUUUUACUCGAGAUUAUUUUUUAUCCGAGACAUUACAUGAUGGAACCUAUAUUUUCUAAGCUUCAAAAGCAAUUUAUUUUGUUGAUUUUGCUCUUAUAUUGUAAAAGGUUCUGUCAAAUUCAUUUUGGCUUUUGUGCAGGGAUUUUAAAAAUAUUAAUGAAAUAAUACUAAAUAAGCUGUAAAAUAUAUUUAUCAACAGUGGCAGGUAAAAAACUUUUUCCAAGGCAGGUCACUCCACUUGUAUUCCUGCCAUAAUUGCCAUAAAAUGUCAUAAUUUUUUUAUGGAUGCACAUAAAUGCAACACUGUUUGUCUGACUUGCAUUUCACUACAUGACAGUGUCCUUCCAAUCUCAGAAUUAAAACUAAUAAUAUUCUUUUUUUUUUUUUAUCUUUUAUGUGGCGUUUUUAUUCCAAAUAAAAUCAAGUCAUA